UACUUCAAGUCUUCAACCGACCGAGACAAAACCGAUUCAAAAUUUACAUAAUCACAACUCCUCGAUCACAUUCCAUUUCAACAAAACGUGGGCAAAGCAACCUCCUCCCGAUCUGCAGAUCAACAAUGGGGGCAGUGACGACGGCGAUAAUUGCAGUGGUUGGUUUAGCGUUAGGUUGGAUAGCAAUCGAAAUGGCGUGCAAGCCUUGCCUCGACAAAGGCCGUGAAGCCAUUGAUCGUAGCCUCAACCCUGAUUACGAUCCAGACGACAUCACUGCUCCUCUCAAUUCCACUGAUGAUCAUGAUUCUUCCUCUCAACCUUCUCAGUCCGUGUGAUCUCUUCUUGAUCUUAGCCAAUCUUGCCUGAUGUUCUAGGAGUUAAAGGAGUCAAUCAUAGGAGUACCAAAGUUUUCAGCAUAGAAAACGCCAAAAUCGAGGCUCUGAUACACUUUGCUCGUUCGAGUAUGGACAGUACUUGUCCAAGCAAAGGUCACUGCAAGUCUGCUACCUUAUGUCAGCUGCUGCACUUUAAAAUACCUCGGUGGCUUGUUCGAGCAGCCUUCACCAGUUUGUUGGUAUUCAUCAUUCUGUUAGCAAGAAAUAAUAACGGAUUAUUCUUUACCCAUUUUAGUUUGUUUGUUAGCAUAACAAACUUAGUAAUAAAUGUUAUAGGAAUAUUCUUUUCUUGUAUAAAGUGGUUAUCUCCUGUGUAUAGCUCAUCACUUAGCAAUUACAUAUUCCUCUUGAAUAUAGUGAGGCGUGGCCUCCACUUAGUGUACUAAUGCAUAUCAAAUAAAAUCUUCAUUCCUUUCUUC